AUGAUUUGCUUUUAACAACAUCAAGAUGAUUCUUCUAUCAUCGAUGAUUGCUAAAUCUAAACAGAGUCCCUAUAAUUAAACAACUAACUUGCUUAAAGUUCAGAAACUAUUCCAAGCUUACCUAGAUUUAAGCCUAAGAAAUCUAGAUAAAGAAGAAAGCCAAUUCUUUAUGGUGAUAAGGAUAGAAGCAGCGCUUUAUAUAAAUACAUAAAAGAAAAGCAAAGAAGCUAUUUAGAUUCUAAAGUUAAAACCUCUAACUCAAUUUUUUCACCAGAAGAGGAUAGAAUCCUUUUACUAUUGGUGAAGAAAUUAGGUCCUAAAUUUUAAAAAAUUACUAAAUACUUUCCAGGGAAAACUAUGAACAUGCUCAAAAAUCGGUACUAUAAGAGCUUGAAAGAUUCGGAGGCUUCAAUAGUACCCAAAGAAAUUGAAGAGGAACUUGCUAUUAAAGACAAAGAAAAAAGAGUGAUGGGAAGAAAAAUAAUUAAAAUCUGGCCUGAGGAAUAAAGAAUGACUGCUCUUAUUGAAAAUAGUGUUCUGUUUCCUGAAGCUAAAUAGUAGAUUUAAAAUUUGUUUUUAACUUUCACCUCUAUUAUAGGGAACUGUAUGAAAUAUGUUUGA